AUGAAGUUUCUCAUCCUUGCAUUUGUGUGUCUGCAGCUGUCAGAGGCACUGAUUAGAGUCCCUCUGACCAAAACCAAGUCUAUCAGGCAGAACAUGAGGGAGGCCGGAGUGCUGGAUAAGUAUCUGCAGACUCAUAAGAUUGAUCUCUCAGACAGAUACAGAGGAUAUGCUGUGGCAUCUGAAUCCAUGUACUUUGAUACAUACUACUAUGGACCAAUCAGCAUUGGGACCCCUCCCCAGAACUUCCUGGUUCUGUUUGAUACUGGCUCAUCCAACCUCUGGGUCCCCUCAACCUACUGCCAAAGCACAGCUUGCACAAACCAUCAUGUAUUCAACCCUAGCCAGUCCUCCACUUAUUCAUCCAAUGGACAGCGCUUUAAUAUGGGAUAUGGAGGCGGAAACGUUGCCAGCAGUGUUACUGGAGUCUUUGGAUAUGACACUGUGACUAUUCAAGGCAUUUCCAUUCCAAACCAAGAAUUUGGUCUCACCAUCACAGAGCCCAGCGGCAACUUCUAUUACUCCCCAUUUGAUGGCAUUUUGGGAUUGGCUUAUCCAGGUCUAUCUGUGGGAGGAGCCACCACUGUGAUGCAAGGAAUGCUGCAGCAGAAUUUGUUGACACAGCCUCUAUUCGGUAUCUACCUUGGCAGUCAAUCAGGUGAGGUUGUAUUUGGAGGAGUGGACACCAACCAUUACACUGGUCAAAUAUCCUGGGCUCCUCUCUCCAAUAAUCUCUACUGGCAAAUUCAACUUCAGGAAUUUUCCAUCAAUGGCCAAGCUACUGGCUGGUGUAGCCAAGGAUGCCAGGCAAUCGCAGAUACCGGAACCACCCAGCUCAACAUUCCCGCUCCAUACAUGUCACAGCUGCUGCCAUAUCUUGGAAUCCAGAGCCAGAAUGGAGGAUACCCAGUGAACUGCAACAGCAUCCAGAACUUGCCAACUCUCAGCUUUACCAUCAAUGGAGUCUCUUUCCCUAUAUCUCCCUCUGCUUACAUUAUACAGGAAAAUGGAUACUGUUAUGCUAACUUCCUGAGCAUCAGCCUGCCAGCUCAGAAUGGUGACCCACUAUGGAUUCUGGGAGAUGUUUUCCUGAGGGAGUAUUACAGUGUCUAUGACUUUGGAAACAACCAGAUUGGCUUUGCUCAGGCAGCAUAA